CAAGCGCAAUAUGCAGAACAUUUCAUCAUUUUGAUAUAAAAUAGCAAAAGUUUCGUUUAUUGUUCAGGAUGUCGUGGUUAUUUGGCGUAAAUAAGCAGCCUGGUUAUUCAGGUCCCCCACCUCAAUUUCCCCCACCUACUGGUGGUGAUGAUGGUAAUGAUAAUUCACCAGGGGCAGGGAGUGGUGAGGGUAAGGAUGGUGAUAAAAAUGGCAAAGGUGGAAAGCCCCCUGUAUGGGCCAAUUUUGAUCCAACUGGACUUGAACGGGCUGCACAGGCUGCCAGAGAGUUGGACAAGUCUAGACAUGCUAAAGAUGCGCUGGAUCUUGCUCAUGUUCAAGAAUCAACAAAGCAGUUGGAAAAACAAGAAAAAAUUAAGGAGUAUGAGUUGGGUAUCAAACAAAUUGAUAUUGAGAGAAUGCGAGCAGAACAGGAAGAACGGAGAAAGACAAUGGCAGAGGAGGCAAAACAUAACCAACAGAAAGCCCAGUAUCAAGAUCAGCUGGCAAGGAAGCGAUAUGAAGAUCAGUUGUCCCAACAGCGGAGUGUAAAUGAAGAGAAUCUGAAGCGACAAGAGGAGUCUGUCAAGAAACAAGAAGCUUUGAGAAAAAAAACAAUUGAGUAUGAAGCCGAACUGAAACAUCAAAAUGAAAUGAAAAAACUUCAGGCGGAGCUAAAGGGAAAGGCAAAAAUUGAACGUGAAAAUCGAGAUAUUCGCCUGGAACAAAUCAAAGUUGAAGCAGCAGAAAGAAGACAAACUAUUUUGGAAUCUAUAAAAACUGCUGGCAGUAUAUUGGGUACAGGAGUAAAUACUUUCAUAUCAGAUUGGGAUCGAGUAACAGCUGCAGCUGCAGGAAUAACCCUUUUUGCUUUUGGCAUUUAUGCUGCAAGACAAGCUACAGGGGUUGUAGGAAGAUACAUUGAAGCAAGGUUAGGAAAACCAUCCUUAAUUCGUGAAACAUCAAGACUAACUGCUGUUGGGGCAGUCAGACAUCCCAUUUUGAUGAUAAAAAGAUGGCUUCUGCGACCGCAAGAUACGUUGCAAGGAAUAAUCCUAAAGCCCUCCUUAGAAAGCAGACUGCAAGAAAUAUCACGUGCAACUGCCAACACUAAACGCAAUGGCGGAGUUUAUCGUAACUUGUUAUUUUAUGGGCCGCCAGGCACCGGGAAAACAAUGUUUGCCAAGAGUCUGGCAAAGCAUUCGGGCAUGGACUACGCGAUUAUGACAGGAGGUGAUAUUGCUCCUAUGGGAAGAGAAGGUGUCACUGCAAUGCAUAAAGUUUUUGACUGGGCAUCAAGCAGUGGGAAAGGUGUUUUAUUGUUUGUUGAUGAAUCUGAUGCCUUUCUAAGAAAAAGAAGCACAGAGAAUAUAAGUGAAGAUAUGAGAAGUACACUUAAUGCAUUUCUUUAUCGUACAGGAGAAGCAUCAAGAAGGUUCAUGCUUGUCCUCGCCAGCAACCAGCCGGAUCAAUUUGAUUGGGCAAUCAAUGAUCGUUUAGAUGAAAUGGUAGAAUUUUCACUCCCUUCAACUGAUGAACGAGAAAGACUUGUUCGAAAGUACUUCGAGGAUUAUGUUUUAAAUGCUGCCGUCACAGGAAGAAAGUCAAGGCGGCUUAAAAUCGACAAUUUUGACUUCAAUACAUUGUGUCGAGCAAUUGCUGAAAAGACGGAAGGAUUAUCUGGUCGAGAAAUCGCAAAACUUGCUGUUUCCUGGCAGGCGAGCGGUUUUGGUUCAGAAGAUGGUAUUCUAACCGAAGCAAUGAUAGAAGAAAGAUUGGAAGAGGCUAUAUCACAACAUGGCCAGAAAGUUGACUGGCAGAGAGGAGAUACAAUAGCACCAACUAAACUUAUGAUUAAAGGUUCUAAGAAAACUCCGAGAUCAUCCGAUGAAACUAGUCUAAAUGUUAACGGUUAGAGAGAUUCCUCUCUUGAAACCGUGAAAACGUGUUGUGUCAGGAAGAUUGGAGAAUAGAAUGUUCAGAGAAAGAGUGUCCAAUCCAGUCCAAUCCAACUUCUUGAUAGGACAAAUAUCCUAGAUAGGUUUUAUCCAAAAGCAUUUUAAUUUUAUUGGUAAUAUUUAAUUAAAAAUACACAAAUAUGGCAAU